AUCAACGAGCUUCGGUUCCUUCUCUACCUCGUUGGCUCCCCUCUUAUACCUCUUCAGGUUCAAGUCGGUCACUCUGUUCAUAAGCCUGUCAAAGAUUGCUCCAUUCAAGCUUCAACGGCGAAAUACAUAGUGCAGCAGUACAUAGCAGCAACGGGAGGACCAGCGGCGUUAAACGCCGUGAACAGCAUGUGCGUCACGGGGCAAGUGAAGAUGACGGCGUCGGAGUUUCACCAAGGAGAUGAUUCCGGCGUUAAUCUAAAGAGCAACGACGAGAUGGGUGGUUUCGUUCUGUGGCAAAAAGAUCCAGAUCUUUGGUGUUUGGAGCUCGUCGUCUCCGGUUGUAAAGUCAUAUGCGGAAGCAACGGUCGGCUUUCGUGGCGACAUUCCUCUAACCAGCAAACCCCGGCUUCUACCGGACCGCCAAGACCUCUCCGCCGGUUUUUACAGGGGUUAGAUCCGCGUUCGACGGCGAAUCUGUUUCUUGACGCGACGUGCAUCGGAGAGAAGAUAAUAAACGGUGAGGAUUGCUUUAUCUUGAAACUGGAGACGAGUCCGGCGGUUCGAGAGGCUCAAAGCGGUCCGAGUUUUGAGAUCAUUCAUCACACGAUUUGGGGUUAUUUCAGUCAAAGAUCGGGACUUCUGAUCCAGUUCGAGGAUUCGCGACUUCUAAGAAUGAGGACCAAGGAAGACGACGACGUUUUCUGGGAGACUAGUGCUGAGUCGGUCAUGGAUGAUUACCGUUACGUUGACAAUGUGAACAUCGCUCACGGCGGGAAAACGUCGGUUACGGUUUUCCGGUACGGUGAAGCGUCGGCGAACCAUCGGAGACAGAUGACGGAGAAGUGGAGGAUCGAAGAAGUUGAUUUUAAUGUCUGGGGUCUCUCGGUCGAUCAUUUUCUUCCUCCGGCCAAUUUGCAGAUCGGAAUUUGAUUUACGUUUUCAUAAACUUAUUUUUGUUAGUUUUAACUUUUAAAUAUAUAUAUCAUCAACUCAAUAGGUGCAAUUGAGAUGUUC